AUGGCAAACAUCGAGGACGAACCCGCCGAACCUCUUUUCCGCCCUUCGAAACGCCGGAAAGUGUUCCGCAAACGUCUACACGACGACGAUACCGCAAUCGCUCAAGCUCCGCCUACCUCGACCGCUAGUGUAAUAACUGCAGAAGAGCGUGUUGUACCUGCAACAACGAAGAUUGCAGAGACAAAUGAGCAGGGUCCUGCGCGGGCGCCAGAAGCCGAUCUCUCUGUCGCCGAGAUCCUACGGCGGCGCAAACUGGGCAAAGCGCGAAGAGGAGGAAUCGAGUUCUCCAAUGCAGCGCAAGCGCAGCGCAGCAUGUCAGAGACCCCUCAAUCGUCAAACGCGCUCGUGGUAGUGGAUCAAGAACGCUCUGUGCUGGACGUUGCCGCUGGUCGCUUUGCGCCGCAAACUGGGCAGAGAGCGGAUGUCCUCGAUAAGCACAUGAUGGCUUAUGUAGACUCCAAGAUGACUGCACUACGUGAGGGAGCAUCCGCUUCUCAAUCAUCGAGUCAAACCGCGAACUUGACCGAUACCAUUCGCCUCCCCAGCGGCGCGCCUGGACAGAAGCAGGCAGCGAGCCUUGGCAAGCUCCACGAGAUCGACCUGGGCUCGGAUGCUACAAUGCGGAAUAUAGCGCGGACGGAGGCCGCUUUCAGGAAGCUGGAAACUGGUGAUUUGGUUGAGGUUGAGGACAUCGAUACGAGCAAAAAGAUCAGAUUGGGUAGAGACGGGAAACCUUGGAGGGGUAGGAAGCGGAGGAACAGCGAGGACAUCAAGCGGGAUCAGCUGGUUGAGGAGGUUCUCAAAGAGAGCAGAUUGGAUCUGUACGACGAACCUGAAGCUUCGGUGUCGAACGGGGAUAAUCAAGCUGCAGAUGAUCUUAUCGCAGAGCGAUUCCGGCAGGAGUUCAUGGAACAGAUCCGGAAUAAUAAUGUCAGACGCACGCAACCCAAGCCUCCCACCGCUGGCAAGGGGGAGGUCCAGGCUAGAGGUCCAAAGCUUGGUGGAAGCAGAAGUGCAAGAGCUGCAAUGAGGGCACUGGAGGAGAAGGCGGCAAAAAAGAAGUGA